AUGAGUGAUGAUUUGUACAGUCUGGAGCGGGUGACUCUGGUCAGUGAGGCGAUAUCCGCGUCUCUGCCGCCGUUCUGUCUGGACGCCUCCAUGAUGUACCAUGUCCCCCCUGAGAUGUAUCAGUUCCCCCGCUGUCAGGACAGGACCCUCUGCUCUUAUAUGGAGACCCCCGGGCUGGAUCCCUACUACAGCUGCCUGUACGGCCUCCCUGCGCCGCCCCCCUGUCCGCUCUACGGUAACGGUUAUUACGGACCAUCGUACGUCCGGAAGAGGAACGAGCGGGAGCGGCAGCGGGUGAAGUGUGUGAACGAGGGCUACACCCGGCUCCGGAGGCAUCUACCCCCCGAAUACACCGAAAAACGUAUCAGCAAAGUGCAGACCCUCAGAGCCGCCAUUAAAUACAUCCGCCAUCUGCAGGACGCCCUCUGCUGGGAGAACCAGGAAGAUUCCAAUAACAUCGACACCCAGAGACGUAAACCCUGA